GCUUCCUGAGUGGCUGGCGGUGGCGGCCAUUUUGUAGUGCUGCCUCCCUCUCUUGCUCGGACUGCGGUGUCGGGACCUGGCGCGGGGGCAAGGCGGAGCGAGGGGAGCUGGGGCCCGCACCUUCCCUUCUCAUUGCGCGGCGGAGCCCCCCCAGCGCGCCCCCCGGAGACGGCUGCGGACGGCCCUCACGCCGUGAUGGAAGACGACGGGCAGCCCAGGACCCUCUAUGUAGGAAACCUCUCCAGAGAUGUGACUGAAGUACUUAUACUUCAGUUAUUCAGCCAGAUUGGACCAUGCAAAAGCUGUAAAAUGAUAACAGAGCAUACAAGCAAUGACCCUUAUUGCUUUGUGGAAUUUUAUGAACACAGAGAUGCAGCUGCUGCAUUAGCUGCUAUGAAUGGGAGAAAAAUUUUGGGAAAGGAGGUCAAAGUAAACUGGGCAACAACACCGAGUAGCCAGAAAAAAGAUACAUCCAAUCACUUCCAUGUGUUUGUUGGGGAUUUAAGUCCAGAAAUAACAACAGAAGACAUCAAGUCAGCAUUUGCUCCUUUUGGUAAAAUAUCGGAUGCACGGGUAGUUAAAGAUAUGGCGACUGGAAAAUCAAAAGGCUAUGGUUUUGUAUCAUUUUAUAAUAAACUGGAUGCAGAAAAUGCAAUUGUGCACAUGGGAGGCCAGUGGUUGGGCGGCCGUCAAAUCAGAACUAACUGGGCAACACGAAAACCACCUGCUCCUAAAAGUACACAAGAAAAUAGCACGAAACAACUGAGAUUUGAAGACGUAGUAAAUCAGUCAAGUCCAAAAAAUUGUACUGUUUACUGUGGAGGAAUUGCCUCUGGACUAACAGAUCAACUUAUGAGGCAGACGUUUUCACCAUUUGGACAGAUUAUGGAAAUAAGAGUUUUUCCAGAAAAAGGGUACUCAUUUGUCAGGUUUUCAACCCAUGAAAGUGCAGCACAUGCUAUUGUUUCAGUCAAUGGAACUACAAUUGAAGGACAUGUUGUUAAAUGCUAUUGGGGUAAAGAAUCCCCUGAUAUGACUAAAAACUUCCAACAGGUUGACUACAGUCAGUGGGGGCAGUGGAGUCAAGUCUAUGGAAAUCCACAGCAGUACGGGCAAUAUAUGGCCAACGGAUGGCAAGUACCAUCUUAUGGAAUGUAUGGUCAAGCAUGGAAUCAACAGGGAUUUGGAGUAGACCAAUCUCCAUCUGCUGCCUGGAUGGGUGGAUUUGGUGCUCAGCCUCCCCAGGGACAAGCUGCUCCUGUAAUACCUAACCAAGCUGGAUAUGCCAAAUCACUUACAGAAUCCUUAUCUCUUGGAUCAAUUUGAAAGGAAGGAGUUCUAACAGAAACUAGACAGUGAGCUAAAUUAUAAUUGCAGAUACAUAUAUGCAACUCUGAUGCACACCUUAUGCAUGCAAUAGUGUCUGGAGUCAAUGUGGAACCCCAAAUGCUUGUGAUGGCAGAAGUUGGCCUUUAUCUCUCUGUUUCUCCUUUACCUGCUGUUCUACUUAAGCUAGAAAUUUGGCUAAAUUUUGUAUAUAUGUAUAUCUUGAAGCGAAGAUCGGCUAAUACAUUGUAGUCUAAAAAUUUCACAAAUAAGUCUGACUUUUUAUAACGUUUAUCUGGUUAAAAAAAUUUAAUGAAUCCUGAGUUGUUUGAAUUUGCAAGUUACUUUAAGGUUUGUUGUUUGCUUCCAUGUGAAGUGUGGGGGUUCUCCUUGAGACUAGGUGUUGGAAUAUAACUAAAGAGGUAAAAUUGUUGAUAUGUUUUGCGUUUACUGUGACUUGAGCAGUAUGUUCUUUCAUGAGUUUACUCAAUAUUUGAUGCUGCCAGUACGUUACCACAUAAACACCCAAUUGAAAUUGGGAAGAAAACUAAGGCCUUGAUCCUGCAAGAUCUCAGCACACAGAUCUUAGAAGUCUGAUAUGCCCACUGCAGGACAGGGCCCUAACUGAUGUCUCUCUUCCUCCUCCUGAGAGCCACAGUACACCGCGACCUCGAUAUAACCUCACCCAAUAUAACACAAAUUUGGAUAUAACAU